CUUCUUUUGAAAAAAGGAAACUUUUUUCGCUCUCAUUUCUUCACUCUUCACUCUCAAUUUCUCUCUCUCUCUCAUCUCGAAACCCUAGCGAUCGAAAAUGAGCGGAUUCUCCAGUUUCGAUCUCGUCGAGGCCUCAAUCUGGAACCCUAGAAUGCCCUCCUUCUCUGAUUUCGAGCUCGAAGACCACGCCCUCGACCUCCUAAACCCUUGCCCUAACCCUAGCCCCUUCGAUCUGCUCCCGUUCUUCGAGACUACUUACGAUCUGAUCCAUAUCCCUUCGCCGUCCGCCAUUAGGAGGCUCCAGGAGCGAACGGAGACGGAGCUCUACCUCCGAUCCCUCAGCGAUAGGGUCACGGCCCUCGAGACGGGAUUCGAUCGAGCUUUCGCGCCAAAGAAGGCCGACUUUGACCGGAAGUACACGUGGACGACGGAGAUCAAGGGGGAGAAGGUUGACCGGAAGUUCAAGUGGUCGACGGAGGCGAAGGCUGGAGAGGAGAAGAACUUCAAAUGGACGGCGGAGAUCAAAGGGAAGGGUAAGGAUGAGAACAAAUCCAAGAUUUAUAGUUUUCAGGCUUCGACGGCCAAGGGCAAGAUUGUGAAUAAGGAAAAGGAGAAGAAGAAAGAGGAGAAGAAGGAGAAGAAGAAGGAUGAUAAUGGUGUGAAGUUGGUGGAGAUCGAGGAGAAGAAUCCUGGUGCCAUUGCCAUCAGAAAGGCUUUUUCCAAGUACCAAAGCAAGGGCAAGAGGAAGGAACUGUCCCCUCAAGAUGCUGCUGUGAUAAUUCAGAUGACUUACAGGUCUUAUCUGGUUCGCCGUUCCCUGGUGGUUCACUGCCUCAGAGAUCUGGCAGUGGCCAAAGCUAAGUUGAAGGAGAUUAGAGCUAUGUUCUAUAACUUCUCUUAUCGUCGUCGCCUUACCAAUGAUGCGGAAGAACGGCAGAGGUUCUCUGAGAAAAUUAUUGUUCUGCUGUUAACUGUUGAUGCUAUUGAGGGACCUGAUUACAUGGUCCGGGCAGCAAGGAAGUCGAUGGCUGAAGAGCUAGAGUAUAUGCUCGAAGUAGUGGACCCACAGCCACCCGGCAAGUUGGGUUCAUUGAGGCGUAGGAACUUUGAUCUGCCUGUUGGUGCUCCCAUCUCGAAGGCGAUGUCGAGAGGCGUAGCUGAUGUCGUUCAGAUGCUCGAUGAGGAUGAAGACAGCAGCGUUUGAACCUGACUUCUUGGUGCCAAUUUCUCAUCUUAUAUGAGGCUUUAGAGAGAGGAAGAGGAGAGGUCUUAGGAACUGAGCCUAGUUUCAGAGUUUGUAGAAUUGUCCGUUUAAUGCUGUUUUAUGGUGAGGAACUCUUUAGGACGGUCGGAUGGAUUCGUCGUAACUUAUUUUAAUGUAAUUUAUGCUCCUGAAUGUCGGUAGUCACAGUUGUGUAAUGUGAACUGAGUGCAAUCGCGUGUGUUUUCUAGAGGAAUGCUAGCUAAGCUAUUUUCUUGCUUUAUAAAGCAGUGGUCUGAGUUAUUGCAA